AUGGCCCCUCGUCGCGCGUUUCUCCCGUUACGCGCGUUUCCCCUCGUCACGCGCUCUCCUCCCCUCGUCCCGCGCUCAACCAUUCACUCGCGCUCCAGGCGUUUCGAACUCCUCUCUGCUCCCCACCAUCCUCCCAUCUCUCCCCGGCAUCUGCCCCCGUUCCCCCCAUCCCCUUCCCUGUUCCCCGUAUCCCCUUCCCUGCUUCCCCCCAUCCCCUUCCCUGCUUCCCCCCAUCCUCUUCCCUGCUUCCACCCAUCCACUGCCCUGCUUCCCCCCAUCCCCUUCCCUGCUUCCCCCCAUCCCCUUCCCUGCUUCCCCCCAUCCCCUUCCCUGCUUCCCCCCAUCCCCUUCCCUGCUUCCCCCCAUCCCCUUCCCUGCUUCCCCCCAUCCCCUUCCCUGCUUCCCCCCAUCCCCUUCCCUGCUUCCCCCCAUCCGCUGCCCUGCUUCCCCCCAUCCCCUUCCCUGCUUCCCCCCAUCCCCUUCCCUGCUUCCCCCCAUCCCCUUCCCUGCUUCCCCCCAUCCCCUUCCCUGCUUCCCCCCAUCCCCUUCCCUGCUUCCCCCCAUCCCCUUCCCUGCUUCCCCCCAUCCCCUUCCCUGCUUCCCCCCAUCCGCUGCCCUGCUUCCCCCCAUCCCCUUCCCUGCUUCCCCCCAUCCCCUUCCCUGCUUCCCCCCAUCCCCUUCCCUGCUUCCCCCCAUCCCCUUCCCUGCUUCGCCCCAUCCCCUGCCCUGCUUCCCCCCAUCCCCUGCCCUGCUUCCCCCCAUCCCUUUCCCUGCUUUCCCCAUCCCCUUCCCUGCUUCCCCCCAUCCCCUUCCCUGCUUCCCCCCAUCCCCUUCCCUGCUUCCCCCCAUCCCCUUCCCUGCUCCCCCCCAUCCGCUGCCCUGCUUCCCCCCAUCCCCUUCCCUGCUUCCCCCCAUCCCCUUCCCUGCUUCCCCCCAUCCCCUUCCCUGCUUCCCCCCAUCCCCUUCCCUGCUUCCCCCCAUCCCCUUCCCUGCUUCCCCCCAUCCGCUGCCCUGCUUCCCCCCAUCCCCUUCCCUGCUUCCCCCCAUCCCCUUCCCUGCUUCCCCCCAUCCCCUUCCCUGCUUCCCCCAUCCCUGCCCUGCUUCCCCCCAUCCCCUGCCCUGCUUCCCCCCAUCCCUUUCCCUGCUUUCCCCAUCCCCUUCCCUGCUUCCCCCCAUCCCCUUCCCUGCUUCCCCCCAUCCCCUUCCCUGCUUCCCCCCAUCCCGUUCCCUGCUUCCCCCCAUCCGCUGCCCUGCUUCCCCCCAUCCCCUUCCCUGCUUCCCCCCAUCCCCUUCCCUGCUUCCCCCCAUCCCCUUCCCUGCUUCCCCCCAUCCCCUUCCCUGCUUCCCCCCAUCCCCUUCCCUGCUUCCCCCCAUCCCCUUCCCUGCUUCCCCCCAUCCCCUUCCCUGCUUCCCCCCAUCCCCUUCCCUGCUUCCCCCCAUCCGCUGCCCUGCUUCCCCCCAUCCCCUUCCCUGCUUCCCCCCAUCCCCUUCCCUGCUUCCCCCCAUCCCCUUCCCUGCUUCCCCCCAUCCCCUUCCCUGCUUCCCCCCAUCCCCUUCCCUGCUUCCCCCAUCCCUGCCCUGCUUCCCCCCAUCCCCUUCCCUGCUUCCCCCCAUCCCCUUCCCUGCUUCCCCCCAUCCCCUUCCCUGCUUCCCCCCAUCCCCUUCCCUGCUUCCCCCCAUCCCCUUCCCUGCUCCCCCCCAUAA